CCUCCAUCCGAGUUCUUAUCUUUCUUUGGUUAUGUUUACCAACACCCGGUGCGUUUUCAGCUCGAUGCGAGAAAUCAUUGUAUGGUUAUGGAUACAAUAAGGAUCCCUUCGCCUUCCGCCAUUCUAGAUUCUCCCAUCCCGCCACCCGUAUCCAAGAGGCCUGUUUCGAACACUCGAAACGUUGCAACAAGUCCAAAGAAGAAAUCUGCUCCUAUUUUGAUUCCUACAAGCGGCACUCCACGCCCUAAGCAGUCGAAAAGUCGAAACGGCUGUAUUACCUGUAAAGCAAAACGUCUAAAGUGUGACGAAACAAAGCCGAGUUGUCAACAAUGUCACAAACGCAAUGUGACCUGCGGUGGGUACAAAAAAGACUUCAAAUGGAGGCCUUUCGAAGAGACUCAGGCCGUUCCCAAGGCUGCUCCAAAAAAGAAAGCAUCACCACCACCUGAUCCAGACGGCAACGAUUCACAGCCGCGCAAGGCAGCUAGAAGAAGUUCGGCAUCGUCAGGACAGUUAUUGGGCUCAAAAGAGCCGAACUUCUUUUCACCGAUUAGCAGCUCUCUUCCAGAUGACUUAUCACUCCCUGAGACUCCCAUGCUCUCUGACCCUACACCACUCAUCAACAAUGCACAUGGACUCAAUUUUGGAGUCCCAUCUUUGGAAGAAUUCAACCUGCCGACAAUCAUGAACACUCCUGAGACCGAAUUGUCUAGCUUCAUACUCUCAAGUGCCGAGCUAGAUUCAAUAUCACAUUCCUUACCGACUGACCUCGAUCAAGCGGUAAUGAAUAUACCAAGUCAACCUAGCUUCACAUCAAUGUUGGAAGAGGACAGUGAAGAUGCCGAGAAUAUAAUUCGACAAUCAGAACCCGGCUUUCAACUUUGGCCUGUCAGGGAUACCCCUCCGCCCACUACGCAGGUCGAUGUUGCACCUGACCUCUCCAUGGCGACCAUUCUCUUCCAAGAACCUGAACCUGCUCCCGGCAGCGAAGAGUCACUGAUUGUUCGAUUUGACCGAUUGACUUGUGGUAUUCUGUCGGUAAAGGAUGGAUUAAGUGAGAAUCCGUGGCGAAAUUUAAUCUGGCCCAUGGCAAGGGAGUCGUCAGCUCUAUAUCACGCUGUUAUAUCAAUGGCGGCUUUUCAUUCUUCCAAGGAUAAUCCUGCCUUGCGAGUAUUUGGAAUGGAGCACAUGCGCCGAAGUAUCAACUUUAUGGUCCAGGGUAUGGGCCAAAUGCAGACCGAUGCUGCGCUAGCGACAACUUUAUCAUUAGCUUUUGCGGAGACAUGGGACCAACAGACUUCGACUGGCAUCCAACAUCUCAAAGGAGCCAGAGCUCUUAUGCGGCAGGCUUUGAGGAAUAGAGUCCGGCGUCACCCACCUUCAGAAGAGCUAGGACGAAUUCGAUUCUUGUACAAUACUUGGCUAUACAUGGAUGUGAUUGCUCGAAUUACGUCUAUGGAUGAGGCAGACACAGAGGAACUAGGCGACCCGCGUUUUGCAAUAUCAGAAGAUGGAGUUCACGACGUCGAUCCUUUGAUGGGAUGUGCAACUACUCUGUUUCCGCUCAUGGGCCAUGUAGCGAAUCUUGUGCAGCGGAUACGAAAGACCGAAAGGAAUUCCUUUGCAAUCAUCUCCCAAGCGCGGGAACUCAAAAAUGCGAUUGAUCGAUGGGUACUCCCAGAUAAUUUCAAUCCGCCGGAAGACCCUCAAUCUGAGCUUCAAGAUAGUAUUCAGACAGCGUACGCAUACCGAUGGGCAAUCCUUCUCUAUCUACACCAAGCAGUCCCCGAAAUCCCUUCACCUUCAUCUUCUGUUCUUGCAAAUAACACCUUGAAGUUACUGGCUACUGUGCCCCUUUCUUCAAGGACAAAUAUUCUACAUAUAUUUCCUUUGUUUGUCGCUAGUUGUGAGUUUGAAGAUGAAGAAGAUCGGGAGUGGAUCAUGCAACGCUGGGUUGCGAUGCAGAACCGACUACGCAUCGGCAAUAUCGAUCGAUGUGUAGAAGUGAUUCGCGAGGUCUGGAGACGAAGAGAUACAGCAAAAGCAGAACGACUACGGCAGCAGCGAUCAUGUCCUGCAAGCCGAAAGGGAUCUAUGGUGGUACACGAAGAUCAUCAUCCGUCAAAGUUAGGCAAGGUGUAUGGGUCUUCAAUUGAUAACACCCAAACAUUGGGAGGACUGUACUCUACAAGCCCUACACAGAGAAGACAGGGAUCGAUAGUACCAAUUGUAGAAGAACUUGACUUUGAGCAGACGGUCAGAGGGAGUCACCACUGGGUGGGAGUAAUGAGAGAUUGGAACUGGGAAGGUAAAUACACAAACCAUCCUUGACUAAAAAAAUAAGGGAAACAGCUAACGAAAACCUCCAUAGUUCUUUUGGGUUGAUGGCAGGGACUUCCAUUGUUCACGCCGAUAUUGCCCAUUCUGUUCCACCGCAGUAUCAGGCGUCAACUUCCUGUCUUGAUUUUGAGUGUUUCCAGAUCCAGAGUCAGUCGCGCACAGGUCCAUUUGAUGAUCGCUUUUGGGACUGGCUGGUUGGAAAUUAGGAUUCCGAUCAAGAAACAAGCGGAGCGAGUCAACAUAGUGCUCGAGCUCUCUCGUCAUGGUAACGGUUGGCAUCUUGGCUGUCUUGUAUAGGUAAUUUGACUUUUGUUCGAGGUGCUUUUGGCUUCGCUUUUUCUUGCUUGAUGUUGUAUGUUUCGUUCUUAUUCAAUUACGAUGUUAUGCGACCAAAGACAGCGACAACUUUUCGAUUUUCUCGUUUCCGUAUGGCGAUGCGAUCCAGUCAGGCGUUUGUUUCCGUCUACUUUUUUGUAUCUUGUCGCGAGGCGAAUGGAAGAGAAAAGGCAAGGCUUACUGAUUUCGAAGGAUGAAGAUGGAAUCG